AUGGAAAGCGUCGCUGGGAGCGAAGGGGAAACGGAGAACGUGGCUCUUGGUGUGGUUUUGCACAUCCUCGAAUUCUUCCGUGCGGAAGAGAUGGGGCCUUCGGGCCGGCGGCCUUUCCCAGCCGAGCUGCAGGACGCGGUCCUGACGGCCACCGGCGACGGGAACGCGGUGCGACGCAGUUACUGGUGCUCAUUAGGUAACGCUAAUCCCCUGUGCUUUCAGGACACUACACCCGACGAGCUGCUGUCUGCUGUUAUGACAGCUGUCCUUCAAGACGUCAAGCUUCGUCCUGAGGCCCUGGGAGAUAUCUGUGUUGGAAACGUGCUGCAGCCUGGAGCUGGUGCUUUGAUUGCAAGAAUUGCACAAUUUCUAAGUGGUAUCCCAGAGACCGUACCUUGCGCCAGUGUUAACAGGCUCUGCUCCUCUGGGUUGCAGGCUCUUAUCAAUAUAGCUGGUGGCAUCCGAAAUGGGUCAUAUGACAUUGGCUUGGCCUGUGGCGUGGAAACAAUGUCCCUCAGAAGUGGGAACAACCCUGGUGAUAUCAGUUCUAGGAUGAUGGAGAACAGCAAAGCUCAAGAUUGCCUUAUUCCUAUGGGAAUAACCUCAGAAAAUGUGGCAGAAAAGUUUGGAGUUUCCCGACAGAAGCAAGAUGCCUUUGCCUUGGCUUCCCAACAAAAAGCAGCAAAAGCUCAACAGAUGGGGCUGUUUAAAACUGAGAUUGUUCCAGUGAAGACCACUGUUGUAGAUGACCAGGGCAACCAAAAAACCAUCACUGUGCACCAAGAUGAAGGGAUUAGGCCCUCCACUACUCUGGAAGGCUUGGCAAAGCUGAAGCCCUCUUUCAAAGAGAAUGGUAGCACUACAGCAGGCAAUGCCAGCCAGGUCAGUGAUGGAGCAGCUGCCGUUCUCCUGGCAAAACGGUCGAAAGCUGCGCAGUUGGGGCUGCCCAUCCUGGGGGUGCUCAAGUCCUUUGCUGUGGUUGGAGUCCCGCCUGACAUUAUGGGCAUCGGACCAGCCUACGCCAUCCCGGUUGCUGUGGAGAAGGCGGGUUUGACUCUGAAUGAUAUUGAUAUAUAUGAAAUUAAUGAAGCCUUUGCUAGCCAGGCCGUGUACUGUGUUGAAAAGCUGGGCAUUCCCAUGGAGAAGGUCAACCCCCUGGGAGGAGCCAUAGCACUGGGGCACCCACUGGGCUGUACCGGCGCUCGUCAAGUUGUCACUUUGCUCAAUGAAUUGAAGCGCAGAGGGAAAAGAGCAUACGGUGUGGUAUCAAUGUGCGUUGGAACAGGCAUGGGAGCUGCAGCAGUAUUUGAGUACCCAGGGAACUAAACUCCAGUGUACUGAGGACACAAUGCAGCACCUAAUUCUCUGCCUUCUCUAGUACUAGCAAAUGAUUUGCACUGUGAAAUCAAGUGGAUUCAGGGAUUCAGGCACCCUAACAUGAGAAAAGAAAUGAGUUCAGCUGAACUUCAAAUACAGGCCCAGGUGUGAUGGUUAUGAUACUUGAUCCUUUUAUUCCAUGAAUAUUAUCAGAGAGUAGUAGUUCAUCAGAGAAUCUCCUUGUUUGACAAAUUUUCUACAACUGUCACUAAAAAUGAAAAUGUCAACGUUCAUGAUGUGGCUUUUUGAGGAUUUUCUUAAAGAUCUUUGUAAGAAUCAGUCUUGUUAGAGUUCUAGAAAGGCUUUUUUUUUUUUUUUUUGUGUUAGCAAUGCAGAGAUGUGAAACAUCCUUUCCUUUAUCUCAACACUGUUCUGUUCAAGUUGUAAGUUGGCUAUGUCUUAAAUUGACCAUAUGCUGAACAGUGUGCUUUGGCAUUGUAACAUUUUUUUUAAAAAAAAAAAAAACAAAAACAAAACUGUUGUGAAAUCUCUAGAGGGGCAAAAUGGAAGGAUUAGCAAUUAGUGCACUCACCAGCCAGGCUUCUCUUGUCAAACAAACUGUUGGGGUGCCUGAAUAGAAAAGGUUUGAUAAUUGCUAGAAGCUAGGGAUUUCGAAAUGGUCAUUCCAUCUUUUACAAAAUUUUUGCAUUAGCUUGUGUGAUUCUAGCUUAGAAGACAAGGUCGUGUUUAGUGAUAUUAAAUUACUUAACAUGGAACAGGUUUCAGCAUAUCAUUCUUGCUGCAAGCACUACAUGACUAUCAGCAACAUGCUGAGUACUUCAGUGCCGGUGCAGAUGUAUACCUUUCAUACUGUAACAUUCUCCCGUAUGUGUUCUCCUCUUAUGAGCAGAAAGAUCAUUAAAAUUCAGCACUGACUACUUGAAAAAGAAAUAUACUCAUUGUCUUUGACACGUUAGAGAAGUUUAAAUUUGUAACACUGACUGAAGUACUUUG